CGGAGGAAGCUUUGACGAAUGAUACCCGUACCCGACAGCUCUGACGUUGAUCGCGGCGUGAUUCGAUAGCUCCGUCGGUACAAUUUUCUGGACGUCUGUUGAGUGCUUGCUCCGUUGUCAAUCAACCAGAUCCCGAUAGAAACGCCUCCGUGUACACGAAUCUCCAGACAUGCCUCCCCCUCCGAGACAAGCCGGCCACGGCGCCGCCCCUUCUAACAUGGACAAGCUGAAGAUGGGAGCGAUGAUGGGAGGAACUGUCGGCGCUAUUAUGGGUUUUAUUUACGGCACCGUUACUGUUUUCCGAGGAGGCGCUGGUCCCAACGGUAUCAUGAGGACAAUAGGACAAUACAUGCUUGCUUCGGGGACCACUUUCGGAUUCUUCAUGGGAAUUGGAAGCGUUAUCCGCUCCGAUGCCUCCCCAAUUUCCCAGCAAGCUUAUUUCCAGACUCGACCGCGACCCUUGAUCAUGGCUUCCCACCGUGCGUUCCGACCUCAGCAGAGCACGAGGCGGAACGACUAAACCAAACAAUACUUAGUCUCAAAACUUGACUUCGGAGCUUGUCGUGAUCAGCCCACAAGACGGCUGUAUUGACGCAAGCACGCAUGUCUAUUGUAUACCUACUACGUUGAUUCUCACUUGUUGUUGAUAAUGCAAGGCUGGACAAGACCCAAAAGUCUUUACGUCUACAUUGUGUAAUGCAUCCAUUACCUGAUCGUCGAUCACGAACCUCUUCGGAAGCGCGAUGUGCGUCUGUGUACCAACGCAAUGGAAAAUAAGGGGCCCACAGAACAAAGCCUGUCAAAUCGAACCAUCAUCGUGCUGCGUAUCCGGCAACAUCUCUAAUCUAUUGGUGUA